AUGGCGGCGGGGGCCGGCGGUGCUGCAGACGGCGAGGAGGACAGAAAACCUGUGCACGAGGUGUCAGAGGCUGGACGCACAAACUCCAAAAUUGGAUUGAAUUGGAGUUUACCAGACUUGAAUAAUUAUGUUUGUCAAAGCUACCCGAAAAUUAGUCUAAAUUUGGUAGGCUUUGAAUUGGCAAGGGCAGGUAAAGGGCGCAAGAUUAAAAAGUUACAAGUUUGCUCUGUGAGGGAACUGAAAGCCGCUGUUGGCAAAAGCAGAUUGUACAUCGUGCCACGAGCCACUGUCUUGCAGGUAACAUCACCACCCCCUGCCAUGUCCCAGAGAACACCACCACCCUCUGCCAUGUCCCAGAGAACACCACCACCCUCUGCCAUGUCCCAGAGAACACCACCACCCUCUGCCAUGUCCCAGAGAACACCACCACCCUCUGCCAUGUCAUUCCCACCACUUGCAGCUCUAACACCACCUGAGACCUCCACUCGCUCACUGAUGACCUCCACUCGCUCACUGAUGCCUGUGUCCUCUCUUCAGUCACCACUGUCCGAGACCUCCACUCGCUCACUGAUGACCUCCACUCGCUCACUGAUGCCUGUGUCCUCUCUUCAGUCACCACUGUCCGAGACCUCCACUCGCUCACUGAUGACCUCCACUCGCUCACUGAUGACCUCUACUCGCUCACUGAUUACCUCCACUCGCUCACUGAUGUCAGAGACCUCCACUAGCUCACUGAUUUUAGAGACCUCCACCCAGCCAAGUGUGUCUGUGCCCUCUCUCCAGCCAGAACAACCCAUCAUUAUUCAUGAUGAGGAUGAGGCACUUGGAGGACCUGUGGAUGAGCCUGAUCUACAGUCCAUAUUGCGACAAAUGGUUGCAACAGUUGAUUUUACCGUCAGUCCAACCAGCAAUCAGAUAAAUGUUUGCAGGGACAGCGUGUUACUCUGUAGCCUGCGGGCCUUCAAGAGGAAGUUCUUCAAUCCUCACGCAAAAUUGGAUGUUGUGUUUGUGGACGAAGACGAUAACGGUGAAGGGGCAGUUGACGAAGGUGGCCCCACCAGAGAAUACUUGAGGCUUUUGAUGAGGUCCGUCCACCAAUCCAACAUCUUCGAAGGACAUGAGAAGGACCGGCGGUUGUCACUUGAUACUCAAGCUUUGCAGACUAAACUAUACACAUGGGUGGGGAAAAUGAUUGCUGUGUGUGUUGUCCAUGGAGGAGUCGGUCCACACUUCUUUUCCGAAAGGCUUUUCCAUCAAAUCUGUGGGAUCCCAACACCCCUGGCCACGGUGGAUGAAGUUGGUGACCAUACGUUCAGGGAGCAGUUAAUCAAAAUACAGGAAGCAACAACUGUCCAAGAGGCCAGAAGUGCAGUUGCAGAGGCAGCAGAUAGCCUUAGCAUUAUCGGUGCGUUACGAUAUGUGUCCAGCCUAGAGGAGAAGAACUCCCUUGUCCAGUCAGCUGCAGACUUUUUUGUCACAGGAAGAAUGGCGACUGCCCUGGACCAGUUUGCUGAGGGGUUAAAAACCCUUGGUGUACUGGAAGAGCUGAGGAAGAAUCCAACAUUGUUUUACAAUAUGUUCGUCAGUGAAGAGAUUCCUCUCCAGGCAAAGGAUUUGUGCACUCUAUUUGAUGUGGACUUCUCUGUGCAAGGCAGCAACAGGAGAGACAGAGAAAAUAGUACCAUAUGCUUUUGGCGUGACUGGCUAAUCGAAAUUGAAGGAGGAGAAUGCAGUCCAGUCACUCUCGAAAAGGUUCUGGAGUUUGCAUCUGGAGCCUCAGCCGUGCCUCCACUGGGAUUUCCUGAACGGCCACUAAUCCAGUUCCUUCAUGAGGGCAACCGAGUAUUCCCAGAAGCAAACACGUGUAUUGUGGUACUCCGCCUGCCGCUUCACUCUUCCUAUGAAGCCUUUGAAAAACACAUGACGGAGGGAAUUUUGCAGGCUCCUAUCUUCGGACUUUCCUGAGGUCAUUGUGUGUACUG